UCUACGGUAGGAAGGGACUGAUGCAGUAACAAGACCAAGCUGACGGCCCAUGGGCUCCAACUCUGCGCGACAGACAGCAAGUCUGUCAAACCGAGCUUCUCAAGUAUAUACUUGGCAAGAAAACCGUUAAACAACUUUUUUGGUUCAAAGUCAUACUAAACUGGUCACCAGUAUGUGGAUAACACCCGAAGAGGUGUUGCUUGCCAAUGCUCUAUGGGUUAGCGAAAGGGCGAACCCCUUCUUCAUUCUACAGCGAAGAAAGGGACAUGGUAAAGGAGGAGGCAUCACUGGGUUGCUAGUGGGGACGCUGGAUGUUGUAUUGGACUCAAGCGCUCGUGUGGCUCCCUACAGGAUCUUGCAUCAGACUGGGGAUUCUCAAAUCUUCUGGAGCAUUGCCUGUGGCUCCUCCAGAAAAGAGAUCACAGAGCACUGGGAGUGGCUCGAGGCCAACCUGCUCCAAACGCUGUCAAUCUUCGACAAUGAAGAUGACAUCACCACCUUUGUCAAAGGGAAGAUCCAGGGCAUCAUGGCGGAGGAGAAUAAGAGCCGGCUUGCGCAGGAGGACGAGGACUCGGGAAAGUUCCGCGAGGCGGAGCUGAAGAUGCGGAAGCUGUUUGGCAUGCCUGAGGAGGAGAAGCUGGUCAACUACUACUCCUGCAGCUACUGGAAGGGCCGUGUGCCGCGGCAGGGCUGGCUCUACCUCAGCGUCAACCACAUCUGCUUCUACUCCUUCCUGCUAGGAAAAGAGGUGACCCUGAUAGUGCAGUGGACGGACGUGACUCAGCUGGAGAAGAACGCCACACUGGUAUUCCCGGAGAGCGUGCGCGUGAGCACGCGCGACACGCAGCACUUUUUCUCCAUGUUCCUCAACAUCAACGACACCUUCAAGCUCAUGGAGCAGCUGGCCAACAUCGCCAUGCGCCAGCUGCUGGACAACGAGGGCUUCGCCGCUGACCGCUCGCUGCCCAAGCCCUGCAAGACUCUCAAGAACGUCUCCGCGCUCAAGAGGGACCUGGACGCCAGGGCGAAGAACGAGCGCUAUCGGGCCCUGUUCCGCCUGACCCACGACGAGCGCCUAGACGGGCACACCGACUGCACUCUCUGGACGCCCUUCGCCAAGAUGCAUGUGGUGGGCCAGAUGUUUGUGUCCAACAACUACAUCUGCUUUGCCAGCCGUGAGGAAGACAUGUGCCAACUCAUUAUCCCUCUGAGGGAGGUGUCCAUCGUGGAGAAGGCGGACAGCAGCAGCGUCCUGCCCAGCCCCUUGUCCAUCAGCACCAAGAACAAGAUGACCUUCCUGUUCGCCAACCUGAAAGACCGCGACUUCCUGGUGCAGCGCAUCUCUGACUUCUUGCAGCGCACGCCUGAACGGCUGUGGAGCGAAGGCGAUCAGCUCCCGCUAAGCGGCCAAUCAGUGAGUCAGUCAUUCAGUCGCUGGAGCCGACAAUUGGCCGAAUUAGCUGUCAAUCAGCAGGGGACGCCCAGCCCCACCACCCCCACCUUUCCGUCCAGCCCGCUCUCCUUGGGGGCAGGGGAGCCCCUACAACAGCACCAGCCGCAGCCGCAGCAGCGUUACUACUGCCCCGACCUGCCCACUGCCAAGCAGGGCCUCCUCCGCAUCUACCAGACGGACGUGCCUGAGGAGAUCAUGGGCCCCAAGGCUACAAAAGAGAAGAUGAAGGAGGAGGCCUGGAACAUCCACUUCUUUGAGUUUGGCCGAGGGGUGUGCAUGUAUCGCACCUCUAAGACCCGGGAGCUGGUGCUCAAUGGCAUCCCGGAGAGUUUGAGGGGGGAGCUGUGGCUACUCUUCUCUGGUGCCCAGAAUGAGAUGGCCACCCACCCGGGCUACUACGCUGAGCUGGUGGAGCAGGCCAUGGGCCGCUGCACGCUGGCCACCGAGGAGAUCGAGCGGGACUUGCACCGCUCCAUGCCCGAGCACCACGCCUUCCAGAACGAGAUGGGCAUCGCUGCUCUCCGCCGCGUGCUGACCGCCUACGCCUACCGCAACCCCAACAUCGGCUACUGCCAGGCGAUGAACAUAGUGACGUCUGUGUUGUUGCUGUAUUGCACUGAAGAGGAAGCCUUUUGGCUGCUGGUGGCUCUGUGUGAAAGAAUGCUGCCGGACUACUACAACACCAGGGUCGUAGGGGCCCUGGUGGACCAGGGUGUGUUUGAGGAGCUGACGCGCGAGUGUCUGCCACUGCUCUACGAGCACAUGCAGGAGCUGGGCGUCAUCUCCACCAUCUCGCUCUCCUGGUUCCUCACGCUCUUCCUCAGCGUCAUGCCCUUCCACAGCGCCGUGCUGCUCGUCGACUGCUUCUUCUACGAGGGCAUCAAGCUCGUCUUCCAGGUCUCCCUGGCCGUGCUGCACGCCAACAUGGAGCUGCUGAUGGCCUGCAACGACGAGGGCGAGGCCAUGACCAUCCUGGGAAGGUAUUUGGAUAAUGUUGUGAACAAGCAGACCGUGUCUCCGCCCAUUCCCCACCUCCACGCCCUGCUGACCAGUGGGGACGAGCCACCGCCAGAGAUUGACGUCUUUGAGCUCAUCAAGGCCUCCUAUGAGAAGUUUGGCAGCCUCCGUGCAGACGUCAUUGAGCAGAUGAGGUUCAAGCAGAGGCUAAAGGUCAUCCAGUCCCUGGAGGACACGGCCAAGAGGAGUGUGGUGAGGGCCAUCAUGACUGAUUCAGCCUUCACCAUUGAGGAGUUGGAGGAGCUGUAUGUCCUGUUCAAGGCCAAGCACAUCAUGAGCUGCUACUGGGGUGCGAGCAGCACAGCGGCAGAGCGCCACGACCCGAGCCUGCCCUACCUGGAGCAGUACCGCAUUGACCUGGGUCAGUUCUGCCAGCUCUUCUCCGCACUGGGUCCCUGGGGCUGCGGCAUCCACACGCCCACGCUGGCCUCGCGCCUCUUCCGCCUGCUCGACCAGAACAAGGACGGCCUCAUCAACUUCAAGGAGUUCGUCACGGGCCUCAGUGGAAUGUAUCAUGGAGACAUGACCGAGAAACUCAAGCUCCUCUACAAACUCCAUCUGCCUCCAGCUUUGUGUCCAGAAGAGGCAGAGUCAGCACUGGAGGCAACACAGUUCUUUACAGAUGAUGACACACUCCAGGAUUCUCCCUUCCUGUCUCAUCUGGAUUUCCUGGUGCAGGAAGUUACUGAAGGUGAAGAGGUGAAGGAGGCAGGAGACUCUGGAAAUGGCGACUCUGAAGACAAGAAAGAGGAGAAAGUGAAGGACUAUAAAUAUUACCUAAGAAUGUGGGCCAAAGAGAAGGAACCCAAAAAAGAGACGAUCAAAGACCUGCCCAGGAUGAACCAGGAGCAGUUUAUUGAGCUGUGUAAGACGCUCUACAACAUGUUCAGCGAGGACACCCUGGAGCAGGAGCUCUACCACGCCAUUGCCACUGUGGCCAGCCUCUUGCUGCGCAUCGGUGAGGUGGGCAAGAAGUUCUCCAACAAUGGGUCCGGCAAGAAAGUUCUAGAACCCCCAGCCCAGCCCCAGCCUCCGCCUUCAGCCGACGGCCCAGAGAGGGAGGACUCCAAUGGGGAAGGCAGCUCGGGGCAGUCCCUGAUCUGCAAGGCUCUGGCGGAGGCCCAGUUGGAGACGGUGGGGCCCCCUGGAGGAGGUCCGUCAGGAGCCGGAGGCUCGGACGAGGAAGGGAAGGACGACACCUCGGUCUCGUCCUACUCGGUGGUGAGCGCUGGCGAGCUCCAGUGCGAGGACAUCGCCGACGACACCGUGCUGAUAGGCUGCGGCGGAAACGGGGCGGGGGAUAAAAGGCGAGGGAGCGCGCCGGACGCCGACUGGUCCAUCACCUUCGAGCAAGUGCUGGCCUCCAUGCUGACGGAGCCGGCCCUGGUGGACUACUUUGAGAAUAAGCGGGACAUCCAAGGCAAGAUGGCUGCCUGCAAGACCCAGAGGGCUGUGGAGAGGCAGAUCAGCUCUUCGAGUGACCAUGAGCUGGCCCAGCUGUCCACCUGAAAGAACGCCCACCAACAGACGCGGCCGAGUUGCACUCUCGCUUACACAUACACCCAUACACACGUGUGUGUAUUUGUGAGGGAGAGUGCGCGUAGACACACAUGUAUAAUAGUAUGUGUACAGUACGUGUGAAUGCAGGCCCAUAUCAGCAGGCGAAGGGGAGGUAUGUGGCUACGCAAACAUGCAUGUCUGAUAAUAGCAUGCAAUUUUCCACGCACUUGUGUGUACUUUACACGUGGGUGUGUGUCUACGUCAACGUAUGCAAUGUGAUGGGCAAAAGUGUUUAUUUGUAGACACAGGCAAUGACCUUGGUUUGCUAUGGAACCUCCAUUCUAUUCCAUCCCAUUCUCGUUAUCAGCCCAGACAUGUCAGCUCUGUCCAGGUCUGUCCCUCCACGGGGAACCAGACACCGAUUAGAUCAUGGCUCCACAGGCUGUAUAGUUGCUUGUCGUUCUUCAGCCAUGGGGUACCAUCCAUGAGUUGGGCUCAGGGCCCAACAGCUCUGAUUCAGUUGUUGAUAUUUGGGGUCUUGUCACCUCAUCUAAACAUGAGGCCUUGUACCAUUUGGGUUUUUUUUGUGGCUUUGUUUAGUCUUUUCUUCUGUUUUUUUUUGUUGAGAGACACUAUACACACGUCUGUAAGAUGGGGCUGUCCCAGUUCAGCAGGUUCAUCUAGACCCUCAUCACUGUAAUUUAUGUGCCAUUACCUGGAUGGAUCUGUGCAGUGAAGCAGUGUUUCAGUACGGUUUGUGUCAGAACUAAUCUUACACUAAAGCUUUGGUUGGUGAUGCUAGACUGUAAGAUCUUUGUUUUAGAGAGGGACUCACAUUAGACAUUCCCUGCAGAGGGCAACAGAAUAGGGUUUUGUUUAGCUCUUGAGCAGUGUCUGGAUGCCAGCAUGUCAUCUUCAAAGUGUCAUCUUCUGUGUGUGUGUGUGUGUGUGUGUGUGCGUGUGUGUUGUUUGUGUGUGUGUGUGUGUGUUAACAUUUAAAGCUUCCUUGACGCUGUUGAGGACUUUGCCUAGCAACCUGCAACGCUCACAACCCCAGUACAGAAUAGAGAAAGUGGAAGUUCCAUAAGGUUGUUCCUGGGCCAGUAGCAUAUGCCGUGGUAUUAUUUUAACUCUGCCUUUAAUUGGCAAAAUGUCUGUCAUCAGCAACAAUAAGAGGUUAUUUGUUGAGUUGGUCAGUAUUAAUAGGUUCUCUUCUUUAUGUGAAAGUUUUUCCUGUAAACCUCUACUCCGUUGCUAUAAUUGGACCAUAGCUUGGUAAAAAUGUAAUAACGCCAGGCAAAUCUUUAUUGUUAUUCAAAUACGUAACACUAUCAGACGGGCCUCAUAAUCACAAUGCACAAAUUGGUUUACACUACUACUGGUAGUUACAACUGUUUAUUUCUAAUCAAGUGGAAAUACCAUUGAUUACACAGUAUUUGGAAAUGGUCCACUGUGCAGCUAUCUAGUAUUACAUAUGAUGGGCAGGAUCUGUUCGGCGGAAGUCGUUAGACCAAUCUGUAUUAUUUGCUUAUAAAUUGCUGGCUUUUAGAGUUUCUAGUCUGUGCAUUUGUUCAAAACAUUUCACCAAAUCUAAGCAGGUCAUGUAAUUCCAUGUAACAUUUUUGUUUCUAUCAGAAUUUAUUUGGGAUAACUGAUUACUUUUACUCACUGCUCAAACACACAUAAAUGUAUGUGCUAAUCUUUAUGCAAAGCUAUUCAUUUGUCUUAAGCUGUAUAUAGAAGCAUAUCAUAUUUUCUUAUAUAAAGUGUUUUAUUGUUAAAAGUCUAUGUAAUACAAUGUAACUUUUAUCCUAUUUUAAAAAGCAUCCUCGAUUCUCUUGAUUUUAAACAUAACUUUAUUGAAUAACAAUCUUGCUUACAAUUAAUUACAUUGUAAGCAAGAUUGUUAUUCAAUAAAGUACCUUAAUUUUACUCAUGUUCCUACACCAAAUACAGUGGCUUAUAUCUCUAGCUGCUUUUCAUGGAUAAGACAUGUUCCACUGUGUUGAGACUGAGAACUAAAAGUGUACUGCGUCCGGUGUCCCUGUUACCGCAGGUCUUUUGUGAGUUUGCCUGUAGCAGUUAUAAUUAACUCAAUAAUUCAAUCUCUGACUUUUGAUGUCGUACAUAAUCCUCAUCAAUGGAUUUAUGCCUGUAAGACUGAAGCCUGGUAAAGAGGUGUAAUGUGUAUGUUUUCCCCCAUUGAGAUUACAUUUGUAUGUUUUAUUUUCCUUCUCACUUUAACAUACUCUCCCUUUACUUACCCAACACACUGAUGGUGAAUUAGAAAAAUCCGCCUUGGUAUGUGUCUGUAUUUCCACGUGCAUCUUAACUGUGAAAAUGCUUUAACAGAAACAGACUGCUUGUGACUGGCUACUUCACGUUUACAUGCUUACAGGUGUCUCACAGUAGUUACCACACACCCCUUUGCCAGUUCCAUGUGAAAAUGUUCACCAGUGUCGGUGUUUGGUGCCUCAAAUACCAAGUAUCGUCUCCACAGACUACAUGGAGUUAUUUAUUUCAUAAUGCUACACUAGGUGGUUUUCGAUGAUUAUUGAACUGUACUGUAUCACAUCAUCUUGUGUAAUAAACGAAAGUACCAUUAAA